ACAGUUGACGUGACAGCUUAACCCUAAAAUAAUGUAGGCAUGUAACCUAAAAUAUCUAACGACUAAUACAGAGAAAAUGGCCAGCACGACAGAUAAAGCUCUUAACCUUCUUCGUUACCUCCCCAGAGUCUGUCUCGCCAAUAUCAGAGACAAUCCAGGCUCAAGAAAAAAACCUCGAAGAGGUAGGGCACAACAUGGAGGUGAUUACCAUGGUGCUGGUAACAAAGGUUCUGGUCAAAGACAAAACUUCAUGCGAUUAGGAUAUGAAACAGGCAACAACCCAUUCUAUCUACGUUUCCCAUGGGAGCCAUACUACAAACGUCAUCACUUGAAAAGGCAAUAUCCUCCCCUUUCUAUGAUCGACUUACAGAAACUCAUAGAUACAAACCGAAUUGACACUUCGAAACCAAUAGAUUUGCAAGCAAUUUUGAACACUGGUCUCUAUAAGCUGUCUCCGGACCAGCUUGAAUUCGGGGUUCAAAUGACUGAUGAAGGGGCAGACAUUUUCUGUGCGAAAAUCAACUUGGAAGUCCAAUGGGCUAAUGAAUUAGUAAUUGCUGCGGUAGAGAGAUCAGGAGGAGUCAUUACAACGGCUUAUUAUGACCCGCACAGCUUGCAAGCUAUGGUGAAUAGCAGAAAAUUUUUUGAAAGAGGCGUCCCAAUCCCGAGAAGAAUGAUACCUCCACCAGAUGCCAUUGAAUAUUACACAGAUCCAUCUAAAAGAGGCUAUUUGGCUGACCCCGAGAAAAUAUCUGAAGAACGACUGGUUCUGGCACAAAAAUAUGGUUACACGGUACCCAAAAUUGAAGAUGAUCCAGAUUACCAAAUGCUGACAGAGAGAAAAGACCCUCGACAGAUAUUUUACGGGUUACAUCCAGGCUGGAUCAUCAAUUUAAAAGAUGAGGUCAUUCUGAAGCCUCAAAAUGAAGAAUUACAAGAAUAUUAUGCUACGUAAAUGUAUGUGUAGUUUAUUUAGAGAAUAAAGUAUGAAUUAACAA